AUGGCCAUACUAGAGGUAUUGAUCGAAAAAUAUGCUGUCGAGCGGAGGAAACGACUCCGUCCCGACCAGGUCGCUCAAUAUGUGGACUUUCGAGACCCCGUGCUUGCUGGCAUGGAUACCGACCCCUACGUUGACCACGACGCUCUUUCUUCCAAAGGCUCACCGCUUAGGGAUGGAUCUGAGGUCAAGGUUCUCAUCUCUGGAGGUGGAAUGCUGAGCUUGAUGGUCGCUCACCGCUUGGUGACUAAAGCUGGCACCAACAGCACCGACCUCGUCAUUGUCGACAAAGCGGGAGGCUUCGGAGGCACGUGGUACUGGAACCGUUGCCACGGCCACGAGAUUCGAGAGCAUCUUGAACGGAUUGCUCAUACAUGGAACAUCCAAGGCCAGUUUGCCACUGCGGUGACUGGCCAAAGCUGGGAUGAAGAGGCAAAGCGCUGGGUUGUCACCUUGAGCCGCAAUCUAGGUCCCCAUCAUGAGCCAGAGCACCUUACUGUUCGGUCACAGUUCUUGAUUCUGGCCGGCGGUAUACAGACGGCCCCUCACGCCCCAAAGUUGAAUGGCGUCCAAGUCUUUGAUAGUACGCCAGACAAGAUACUCAUACAUACUGGACGCUGGGCCUGGUCGAAGAGCGGUGGAUCGCAGGAGAACCCAGACAUGGUCAAAUUCAAGGGCAAGAGAGUUGGUAUCAUUGGAACGGGUGCCACAGCGGCCCAAGUCGUCCCUCAUUUAGCGAAGUGGGCAAAGCAUCUCUAUGUCUUUCAGCGCACACCGUCGUACGUGGGACCGCAAGUACAAAAGGAAGUUACAGAUGCAGAUUGGGCCCAGGUGGCUAAUGAGCCCGGUUGGCAAUAUGAACGGAUCAAGAAUCUAGACGCCAUGUUUACAGGAAAGCCAGAUGUCAUGGACAAGAUACAGGAUGGCUGGUCCAAGGUAUAUGGAAUGAGACCCAUGGCGGGCUAUUCAGGCAAAAUCAUCACUCGAGAAAUGGAGGAACAGCACGUCAAGGACAUGAUGAAUAUAGACCAUCCAUGGGCGGAAGAAAUGCGCUCACACGUCGACGCCGUGGUCAAGGACACGUCGACGGCCGGAAAGCUCAAAGCCUGGUACCCUGGCUUUUGCAAGCGUCCAACCUUUCACGGAGUCUAUCUAAGCAUCUUCAAUGAACCCAACGUGACGCUGGUUGACACAGACGGCCGAGGCGUCGAGGCUUACACUCCAAAUGGCGUCAUGGCCAAUGGCAGUGAAUACGAGCUCGACGUUCUUAUAUUGGCAACGGGUUACACCGUUGGAUUGGUUGACUCCUACCCUUCAUCAGCACUUGCUGCACCUCUCACUGGACGUGACGGCCGCUCGUUGAAGAGUAAGUGGGAUAGAGAAGAUUAUGGCACUUUCUAUGGUGCCAUGACUAACGGAUUUCCAAAUCUCUUCUUUGCCUCGGGGAACGGGGGCUCAGUGUCCCAGAAUGCGCACAGCUUCUAUAGUCUUCUUUCUCGACUAAUCGCAAACAUAGUGAAAGGGACUCUCGAACGUGCACAGAACCCAGAAAGAGCAAGUGUCGAAGUUGAAAAGGGCGCUGAGGAUGCCUGGUCGGCCAAAAUUGUGGAGCGGGCGCGAUGGUUUGCUGCUUUCCCUGCCUGCACCCCGGGAUAUUUGACUGGCGAGGGCCUUCUCCAGAGUCAGAAGGACCUCACAGAAGAGGAAGAGCACGCAAUGGCCCAUUAG